GCCGCGCGAGCCGCAGUCGCCGCUCCGCCGCAGCCGUCGCUCGUCGCGGCACCCGCAACUCCCCGCAUCGAUCCCGCGAUGUUUUCAUGUCCUCUAUAAAACAAACCGGCACUUCAUAAAAUACCAAUCGGUCGUAUCAAUGGUCCGCAAGCCACCGGUUCUAUCAUAGCCAAACUUAUUUGGCACGAUUUCGCAAUUUUACACAAGUGAAAGUAAGGACGAAUCAACAAGUUUUAGAAUAUUUUUAUUUAUAUAGUUGAAUUUUAUUUAUAUUAGUUAAUCCAGAAUGAAGGACAAAAAUGCAAGCGAUGGCGCUCACGAAGCAAUGCUCAAGACUGAGGGCGCCAAGCCGAAGAUCGCGGCCAAAGAGACGGCCAAAGCGGAGGAGUACGAAGCCUUGCAGAGCUUCCUCCGCAGCAUCAGCUCCACCGCUACCCUGCCGCCUUACGUCAAGGGGGAAACCUACUCGUCGGUCCGAGGAGUCUUUAAUCAAUGCCUCAUCACAUGCGCAGUGCUCAUCCUGGCGGCGGGCGCUGGUCAUCCUAUCGGCUUCUCGGCCGUCGCGCUGCCACAGCUGCGCAAUGAAAACUCCUCACUCAGGAUAGACAAUGAAAUGGGCUCCUGGAUUGCCAGCAUCCACUCUGCAGCAACGCCCCUGGGUUCCAUGAUGUCGGGGCCGGUGAUGGAAGCCAUCGGCCGGCGGCGCACGCUGCAGGCAUCGACCCUGCCUUUGGUGUUAGGCUGGAUCCUCAUAGGAACAGCCACGCAUCACGCUCUAGUGCUACUCGGGAGAGUCGUCUGUGGGUUCGCCGUCGGCAUUAUGGCCGCGCCUUCUCAAGUGUACAUCGGCGAAAUCUCAGAGCCGAGACUACGAGGUCUACUAAUAGGCACGCCAUUCGUGGCGUAUUCCGUAGGCGUCCUAUACGUGUACGCACUAGGGGGCGUGUUACCCUGGCGUCACGUCGCUUUCCUGUGCAUAGUGCUGCCGACCCUGGCGGUGACUGCGCUCUGCUUCGCUCCGGAGAGCCCCACGUGGUUGGCCAGACGAGGCCGCUUCCAUGAAGCUAUGGCCGCCAUGUCACGGUUGCGAGGCGAUCCUGAUACCGCCCAACGCGAGCUUCACGAGCUGAUAAACGCCCGGGAGAAGGAGAAGGCUCGCGGCGAGACCAACAUAAAGUUCUUCGCGACCGUGUUCCGCAUGCCGGUGCUCAAGCCACUGCUGCUCAUCAACGCGUUCAACAUGCUGCAGAUCGUCUCCGGCAGCUACGUCGUCAUAUUUUAUGCUGUAGACAUCGUUAAGAAGACCGGCGGCUCGUUGGAUCCUCAAUUCGUGGCCAACGCCAGCGCAGUGGUGCGGCUGGGCGUUACCGUCAUCGCGUGUAUCCUGCUUCUCAAGAUCACCCGCCGCUGCCUGGUCAUGAUCUCCGGGGUCGGCACCGCCGCCAGCACGCUCGCGCUUUGCUUCAUACUCGCACAAGGAUCCAGCCAAAUCUCCACUGACGGCCUUGUACUGCCCAUCCUGAUACUAUCCUACGUCGCUUUCAAUACCCUAGGAUUCUUCCUCCUCCCCGGCCUUAUGAUCGGAGAGCUUCUCCCCACCAAGAUCAGAGGACUUUGCGGCGGCUACAUCUUCUGUCUCUUCAAUGCUGUUCUAUUCGGCUUCACAAAACUAUACCCUGUCAUGGAAAACAACAUGGGCAUGGCAGGAGUGUUCGGUCUAUUCGGAGCUUCAGCCGCUCUCGCUACUAUCGUGCUCUUCCUCCUCCUGCCGGAGACGAAAGACAAAUCGCUGCUUCAAAUAGAACAGUACUAUCAGAAACCCAAUAUUCUGUGGGUGACUCGCAAGAAGAUGAUGACCGAUAGUCAGACUGUGUGAGAAGUAUUGAAGGUAUUCUGCAAGUACUUAACAUAUGGACGCUAUUCGUUGAUUGUUACAGUACAAUGGUUGACAUUUUUUGUAUAAUUAUACUAAAACUCUGUUCCAAUAAAGUUUUGUUAAAAUACGGGUGAAGUCAUACAGAUUUAGCAUCGAAUAAAACAACCUGAUACAAUGCUAUUCACGCCAAUUGGUGUAAUGAAACCGUAAAAAUAUCUUAUUUAUAUAAAAUGUAUACUUUUAAGACAAAGGAUGUACAUCCAAAAUAGAAUUUCUAUUCGAUAAUUUUAUGGUGCUUAAUUAUGACUAAUCUAACUCUCGAUAUGUAUCGGUUUACUUUAAAACUCUUUAGCGAACUAACAUUGGAACGAAGUGUACUCUUACCGACGUACUUUUUUUCAUGAAAUCUACAACAAAUGACAAAAAAGUGAGAUAUAUUUUUAUGAUUAUGCCAUAUUGCAUUACUAUCUACAUAAAGCAUUGAAAUACUUAGUAAAUAAAAAAGUUUACACUUAACAGCUGUAAGUAGUUCUAUUUUAUGAUAUUGUUAACAUUUCGAGAUGUGUAUGUUUUGCACUAUAGCCAUACUAAAAGACAAUACAUAAGAUGAUAUGUACAGAGUGUACACUGCGAUGUAUUAUUGUUUGUACCAUUCUAUGUACUGUACAACACAAGGGAAAAUGUUGCCUUUAAAUAUUAGCUAAGGUCCCAAUUACGAAGGGACCGGAAAUGAAGUGCUGGAGUAAUACGAGAUUUUUUAUCUGUGAUGUUAUAAUGACCAUAUUGUACAUAAUAGGAGCGUCUCCGGUUAUGUAUGUUAUUUAAUAUAAGAACGGUUAUUUUUCUAUUCACACGUAGAAAACAACAAAUGUGAUAUACUUAACAAAUAAAUGAUUCAAAUAAUGUU